UUAUUUCCACGCUGGAAAAUACUGUCUCUCCUGGAAGAAGGAGAAACAGCCAUCGGGAGUAACAAAAUGUCCGUGUGUCCAGAACGCUCUUCAACUAUGACCUUAUCUUGUCAAGGUCCUGUAGCCCAAUCCCCAAUUUCCAAGCUCUCGGGCCUGAUGUCAGUCUUGUCCUUGGUGGUGCACAAGGCAGGGUGCUCCAAAAGGCUCAAAGGUCCAAGCCCUCCGCAGGCUGCAGCCGUCAGGCGACCCGAUGGAGAGGACGGAAUUUUCGAGCAGGAUAACAGGAAGCAGAAGACCAGCUGGCUGCUUCUCAAGGGGGAUGCAGACACUAGGACUAACUCUCCAGACCUAGACAGCCAGUCUUUGUCCCACAGUAGCGGGACCGAUAGAGACCCUCUCCAAACAAUGCAAGGGGACAACUUUUACUCACGAUUCCCCUAUUCCAAAUCUGACCCUCUCCCAGGACACGGAAAGAAUGGCUUGGACCACCGGAAUGCCAAUCUGGCCCCUUGUGGAGCAGACCCGGAUGCCAGCUGGGGCACGCGAGAAUACAAGGUCUAUCCUUAUGACGCCCUCAUUGUCACCAACCGAAUUCGCGUCAAACUGCCCAAGGAUGUGGACCGGACGCGGCUGGAGAGGCACCUGUCGCCCGAGGAUUUCCAGGAAGUGUUUGGGAUGAGCAUGGAAGAGUUUGACCGCCUGGCCCUCUGGAAAAGGAAUGACCUCAAGAAGAAAGCCCUGUUGUUUUGACGGCCGCCAGGCUGUAUGACCGUGUGCACCGGCGGCAGAGCCCGGGACACCUGGAGAGAACCACGAAAACCCCUCCUACUGCACCUGGCUCUGGCUUCCCUGUGUCCGUGGGGGGCGGGCGGUGGGCCCCUGGAGAGGGCUGGGCUGGAGGCGGGGGCAGGAGGAGGUCCCAGAGCAGAUGCGACCUCUGUUUCCGCCAGCAACGCUCCUGCCCCUGGUUCAGAGCCCAGAAGCCUUGCUUUGCGCUGUUCCUUCCCCGCUGUUGCUUGGCAUCAGGGAGAUGUUGCAAAGUAGCUGUCCCAGGAGAUCAAGGAACACUUACGCGACGUGCAGCCCAGCUUCCCGACCCCUGUGCAGUGCCCCGACCUCCCCACCCCCCCGCACUAGGCCCUGGGGGCACAGAGGUGCCUGGGACUCGGGAUGGGAGGAGGUUUGUCAAUGACAGAUGCUGACACAAUCAUGGGUGGGUGGGCACCUGGCUCCCAGUGGCUGCUCACCCCCCAACUUGCUCAGCCCUGGGGAGGCACAGCCUUGCACCCGGACAGGCCAGGCCAGGGAGAGUGCCGCAGAGCACCCGGGACUGCAUGAAGUCAAGCGCGGGGUGCAUGAUUUUUGCAUCCGCUUGUGACGAGUCUGUUUUUAGGGACAAACGUCAGCCUGACAGGGUACCUUCGGCCAGGGCCCUCCGUGCACUGCAUUUUUCUUCCAAAUCAUCCCCUAGAUGCCUAAAUGAUAUCUUUAAAGUAACACAGAAGUUUUUAUUUUAUUAAAGAGCAUAGCCUACUUAAACAUAAGACGACAUAUAUAGAGUUCCAUUUUAUGGUCCCGCGGAAGGGGAGCGCCUCCAGCCUUAUUCUCCACUGUUCGGAUCUGUGUGUUUUCGCUUCUUGGUGUGUUCCUAACACCUAGGGCUCCUUGUCGGUUUUCUUUCCGUUGUUUUGUUUUUUUUUUUUCUUUUUCACCUGUCACCCGGGUGCCCUUAAGGGCAGCCCUCGCCCACGUAAUGCCCACGUAACGCCCACGUAACGCCCACGUAAUGCUGUUUAUAAGUAUGCGUGAAGUGUAGCCACCACAGUCUGCCUCGCUGUUAUUCUCCACAUCUUGGAGAGAGAACAUCCUCUUCUGAUGGCCAAAGCCCCGGAAUAGAGGAUUUCCAUGCAUCCAGCCUAAUACCCAACGUAGCCCUUGCUGUGCCCAUCUUUCUCACGGUGGAACGUAGCCCCCUGGGCAGAAGCCUUCCGCAUGAGUGUGUGGUCCUGAGACAGGCACCUGGCCACUGGGGAAGGAGGAGGGAGACGCCACCCUCUUCUGGCCUGCAAGGUCAGCACAGGGUCCUGCAGCAGAAGGCCGGCCAGGCCCCCUGCUGAAAGGUGUCCGUGUCUGGUGCGGGUAGGGCUGGUGCCUGUCCCAGGAAGCUUGUAAUGUGGGUUGAGAGGUUUAUGAAUCACUGGGAAGGUGUCACCAAAGUCUGUUCCCCUGUCUUCUGUGGAGCUGUGUCUUUCUGUGUGUCCUGGCCGUCCCGUCUGUGAGUCAGCGUGACUCAGAUCCUUCCAGCCCCACCACGUACCCUGUUGCGCACCGGCUUCCGACCAGCCCGGCUCGGCCAGGGAGGCGUGUUUCUCGCACCUAAUGCACUUCCUUCCCUUUAGCAAUCUGAGCCCCGAGCAACUGGAAACCCCUGGCUUUUUCAUUAGAGCAAUGUCCUGUCAGCUCCCAGGGGAGCCUGGAAAAAUAAAGGACGGUGUAUCCUAACUUGUGAAGGUGAAAGCCA